CUCACUCGUUCGUUUCAUUCACUCCUAUGAAAAUACUUUUGGAUGGAGGAAUAAAUUUAUGCGAUAAUGAUUUUUGAUAUACACCAUAUUAUACAGUUUAAAUAAAACAAGUUUUUAUUUAAAAAUGGUUACUAUAAUAAAGAACCAAUUACUGAAACAUCUGUCCAGGUUCACAAAAAAUUUAUCACCAGAGCAAAUAUCCCUCUCAGCAUUGCGAGGGUCUGGUGAGCUCCAGGACCUGACCCUCGAUGAGGAUCUGCUGACUGACCUGCUAGAGCUGCCGGGAUGGGUGCGUCUCACCUCUGCCAAAUGCAACCGCGCCACAUUCAGGAUACAAUGGACCAAGCUGAAGACUGUGCCUAUUGUUCUGAACCUCGACGAGGUGCACAUAGCGUUGGCGGUGUGCUCCGAGCCGCGCGUCAUGAACCAAAGCGCGGGCAGCGCGCUACCCGUCCCCGGCAAAUAUAGCUAUAUACAUAAGGUGAUUGAUGGAAUCUCAGUGGCCGUGAACCAAGUUCAGAUAGACUUCAACUGUGAUGCUUUCACCAGUAGUGUUCAGAUAUCGCGCGUGACGGUGGAGUCGCGCACUCCCGAGGGUCGGAAGGGAGACCUAAGACUGACUAGAAUCAAAUCGCCCGACACCGGACAACUGCUUAUUUUUAAGGAACUAGAAUGGCAAAGCGCUCGGAUAGAAGCGAAGGCGCACGGCGUGGACGCGGCCAGCCUGCCGCCCCUGCGGCUGCUGCUCGGCAACACGCACUGCCGGAUCGUCAUCAAGAAACGGUUGUCGGAUUGCGCGGUGAUCGGGUCCCGGCUGGCGAUCUGCCCCGAGCCGCUGGCGUGGGCGCUGACGGACGGGCAGCUGCGCGCCGCGCUCGCCUGCGCGCACGCGCUCGCCGCGCCCGUGCGCCGCGCCACCGCCGCCGCCACGCGCGCCAAGGCGCUCCGGAAGAUCGAAGAGCCUCGCGAGCAGAUCCCGACGCGUUCGUCGGGCGAGCGCGACGUGCUCGCGCGCAUGUUCGCGCGGCACGACGUGCGCGAGACCUCGUACCACCUGCUGGCGCCGAGGAUCGACCUGCAUCUGUGCGAUGACCCUGGUUUGGGCAGGUCUGAGAAACCUUCGCUGUCCAACGGCGGUGCGCUGCAGUUGACGUUAGUCAGCAUGCAGGCGGACCUGUUCCCUUAUCACAAGGCUUCGAAUGACCGGAGGCAUUGGCGGGGAUACAGGGAAGCAGCCACACCGCAUAGUCAAUGGCUUUCACAAUCUUUGUCAUCGUUCUGUACGAAUUUAUUAGAGUCGCUAGACCCUAGACCCGUUGUUCCUAACACUAAGACGGGUGGUUCCGAGAAGAGCUCCGAGCCGGUAUCGAACGGCGUGUCGCGGCCGGCGGGCGCGGCGCCGCAACACGGCGCGGGCCAUGCGCCCUCCACCACCACGCCCACCUCACAACCAUCACCAACAAGAACGCGUAUACUGCAGCAACUUGGCAAGCUUAUGACGACGUGUUUGGUGCUCAGAAUAGAUGAUUUCACCGUUUAUAAGGUGUCGACAGGUUCAAAGUCCCGGGAGGCGCCGCGGCCGCUGGUGAGCGCGGAGAAAGCGACGCUCCCCGGGGACGCGGGGUUGUUACACGCAGAACUCACGUUCUUCUACUAUCCUGGAGAUGUUUGCUUUCCCGUGCCAGCGCCGAAGCUGUACGUGCAGGUGAGCCCGGUGCGCGUGUGCGUGGACGUGAACAGCGUGGUGUGGGGCGCCGCCUUCCUGCCGCACGUGGCGCGCGCCGUCGCCGCGGACGACCACGACGCGCCCGCGUACAUGGACGUCAGGGUCGAGGCCAUCAUGCCCAAGAUAGUGCUGGAAGCAGGCGCAGAACACGUGUCUCAACAGAGGGACAGGCCCAAAGAGCUACACAUAUGCACUGCUAGAGCCACAUUUACCAACGUCAGGGAAUCUGCGCGGGCUAACACAGCAGGGACCCGCGCAGACCUGGCCUCGAUAAUAUCGGCGUUACGUCGUUCGGCGCCUCCCAGGGGGCAGUUCCCGUGCUCCGUGGAGGACAUGGACCCCAUACACGAGCAGUUCAUAUUGCAUGCGGACAAUCUGGACGACAUCGACCGCGGCACGGCGAUCUCUCACGAGUUAUUGUGGCGCGAGAACAGAUCCGUGUGGUGCGCGAGAGUUGAACCGCUGUGGGCUGAUUUCUGUGGAGCCCGUGCUACUAAUUACAAGCCUGCACCGUUGUUGGACGCCACGCCGCUUACUGCAUGGAUGUGUUUCGACGAAGGUCUCUCGCGCAUAUGGGUGCUGGCGCGGACCAGCGGUCUGGCGGGGCUGCAACUCAACCACUACCAGCUGCUAUUCCUUAUGCGGCAGCUGGAGCGCGUUUCCGAGAUGAUGGCGUGGCUCGCUCAUGACGCUAAUCGGCAGCCUGAUGCUGAUGAAGGGUCUAUAGUAUUAGGGCUGGUAGUUCCAGCGGUGGAGUUGACGUUCGUGCUUCCGACCAACUGCCCGGGGCAGGAGUCUUCCAGAGACUUAGACAGUGUGCCACUUGAUUCUUCCAGUUUGCAGGAUUUAAAGAUGGUAGGUUCAGAAGCCACAAUGGCUCCAUCUAUGCAAGACAGAGACAGCGGAGUGCUGGCCACAACCUCUGUGGAAGUUAUAACCGGCGUGGCGAUACCUAUGGAGGAAAUGGCGCCUCCCAGUCCGGGAAUCAACUUUGGUGGUUUUUCAUCGAUGCGUCGCGGCUUCACAUCCCUAGUGACGUCGAUAGACAGCGCGUUGACGCGAGAUGACACCCGGAGCGACGCCGCGUCCACUGCCAGCUCGGACAGUGAUCGAUAUGUCGUGGUCGGACUCGCUGCCGAAUCGCCUGACGACGCUGAUAUGGCAUUCCGGGAAUUCGAGCACGGCCGCGCAUCAAGCGGUGUAGAGGUUGCAGCGGAAGUUUUGGAAAGGUCUUCAUCUCCCAGCGACCACUCCGUCACUAGCUCGUGUAGGAGACGAGACGUGCAGAUAUCGACAUCGACAUGGCGUCUAAACAACAUCCACAUAGUACAGCAGAGCGUUAACGGUAAAUCCUGCUUGCGACUCGCUGCUGACGACCUGAAGGCUGACGAGUGCACCGCGAUACCCUGGGACGAGUUCCAGAACAAGUUCUCGAUGCGUGCCCGCGCGUGGUCCGAGCCGGUGGAGGAGGUCGACGAGCUGACACCGCGAGGGGCGCCGCGCGUCACCGCUAGGCUCAUGCGGACUGAGCUACCGCGCCAAUUGGAUGAAAAGGGCGAGCCGUACGGUCUGGCGCCGUUCGAGGAGCUGCUGGAGGCGCGCGUGCGCUCGCUGAGUGUGGCGCUCAACAUGAGCACCGUGCUGGCGCUCGCCGAACUCGUCGAGGACGAGGUCAUCGCACCGCCCAUGCCGCUGGAGGUUUUAGUGGAGAACGUAAAGCUACACCUAAUCGAGGAUCGGGUCACUCGCUCGAUCUCGUCCCCGCCGCCGCAGCCGCUCGACGUGUGCGUGACGUCACUGCGUCUGACGCGCGACACAGGAGGGGAGCUGCGGCUCGGUCCGGCCUUAUCAACCCCCUCUACUGUUGCGUCGCCCGCCACUCCCCAGCCUGGAGGUGACCUGGAAGACGCCCGGGAACAGAUCGAUCGGCUUGUCAGAGAGAAUGAGGAGUUAAAGAAACGGUUACUCACGCUGUCCAGGAUCGCUGAUGAUAACAGGGAGUUACGAGCUAAAGCGGAAGAGGCUUCGGUGCUGCGUCAGUACGUGCACGCGGCUCAACAGGAGGCCGCCAGCUUGCUAGCCGACAAACAGGAACUGCUCGAUGCCAUGCGUGUGCUACAAGAGCAGGCGGGGUGCCGCGGCAAGAGGUAGCGCUCGCGCGGCGGCGCGCACGCCUGCCUCGACUGCACGGCGUGCUGCCGGCACCGACACGCCUAGCCAGACAUCAUCUCACCAUACAACACAUACAACAUGGACUCCACUACACAUCUUUAAUAUCAUACGAAGCUAAAACGUUGUCAUUUUGAGACAAACAUCGUUUAGCACAACAGCUGCUAUAUCUGAAUCAAAAUGAUAUGCUUUUAAUAUCGAUAAACAAUAACGGCCCCAUAAAUGUGGUUGUGAUCCUCUAUUGAUAUAAUAUCGAUUUGAUAUUCGAUGCGUGCGAAUGUUUCUUGCUUCUAACAUCAAUAAAAGUGAACUUCCCUAAUUUUAAGACUGGGUACGCAUCUCGACGUUAAAGACUGGAAAUUUUAUAAAAACUUAUGCAAAGAUGCAAAAAUUAUAACAUCUGAGUUGCUACACAAAGUACAAACCGAUUGAAACUAAUAUAAAUGUUUAGAUGCGUCCGCGUGAAACUGUUUUCUCUCACGUUUUAAAGGUGACGGAGUGAUUUAAUGUAAUUUAUCCCUCUUCUAUAGGAUGUUUUUCAGUUAAGCCCCUCUCCCGACCAAAUGGCCUUGAACAUUCAUUCCAUACAUUUUCGGUGAGAAUAUGUAAAUAUUUAUUACAAGUAAACUCUUUAAAUAAUCAGUUGGUCCUUUUGAAAAUAUUUGAACCACCAAAAUAUUCGUAGUUAACAUAUAUAUCUAAAAACGUUUGUUGCAAAUUAAAAUGAUUUGUACUUUAGGAGAAGAUGCACCGAAUCGACAAUUUUAGUAACUUUUUAAGUAAUAAAACAAUAUUCACAUUAUAAUAAAAAGCUUAAACAACCAUAAAAAUAACGUUUAUAGAAAUAUGACGUAUAUAUUUUUUUUCUAUAUGCAGUUUAUAAAUCGAAUAAAUAGCUUCUAAGAGUACAGGUGGUGCAUUUGGCUCGGGGGAGCGACUUAACCUCAAAUGUUAUAUCAGAGAGACCAAAAUAAAUGUGUGUGAUUUGAUAUGAAAAGAUUGGUACUAGACAUAUCUAAACAUUUUAAUCGUUAAACAAAAUAAAUCACAAAAGCUUCCAAACAAUGCCCUCAUUAGCAAAAAUAAUUCAUCAAGUCAUACUUAAGUGCUGGCAAGUCAAGCAGUCACAAAGGCAUAGCGCCGUACACCAUUCUACGUGAGUGAUAUCUCACGAUUAAUCGAUUAGUAAUCGAUAUUGUGAUUAAUAUAAAUCGAGUGAGUACUUACGUAACGUGCAUUUACCUUAUAAAGUACGUGACUAUUAUCUAUGCGUGUAGAUUUGAGUGUCUAUGACAGUUUUGUAUAUUUGUAGGAUUGUGUAGAUUUUCAUUUGUUUAUUAACGAUUUUUAUUAUUACGAUAAGGAACAAAUCCUGAGAAAGGUAAGAUGCGAUAUCAUGUAUUAAUAUGUGAGUACUAAUAAUUAUUUGUCCUUUUUUAAAGGGCUACGCGAAUUAUUGCAGUUUAAUAUGCAUUAUAUGUGAUCAAUAUAUUUAUAAAUUUGUAAAUUUCGUUCAUCGGCAGUAAGGCGAAUUGGCUACAUUGCACGUGACGGUAAGCUCAUUUAAGUUUACUUUAUACUGACUAGAUUUAAAGUUAGCUUUACCGAAACGAUUACCAUAUGUAUGCCGAUUCUACAGUUAAACAUUUUUUAAGACUUUGCGAAGUACAACCUUCUAUGCGAAACUAGGUAAGAAAUGCCCAGUUAGAGUCUUUGCAUAUAGAGAAUUCUUCAUAAUUUUGCAAGUGUUUAUUGACAAAAUGUCAAAUGAAAAAGUUCCGCACUGAAAGGAUUGACUCAAGAUUUUAAAAAAAUAGGUCUUCCUUUGGCAUAUCACACCAUGCUAUAUGUAUUAGAAAAUUUUACAAUAUUGUAUCUCUUAAUUUGUAUCAUAAUUUUUUUUAUCGAUUUUACAUUUCUUUUCAUAUGCGAAAAGAGAGUUUGAUGAAAAUCAAACCUGCAAUAUUCGAUGUAUCAAUGUUUUAAUCGAUCAGUGAAUGUUUUAUCGACAUGUUUUAAUGAAAUUAAUCUAGGUCUGGUUACUAUACAUACUUACAUUAUUGGCAACAGAAAACAACCUGAAAUAGAAAUUUAAUAUUUGAUUUUUAUCGUCAACGCAAUGUGAUUGCAUACUAUAUAUAAUAUUAUGUAUUAUAAUAUGUGGCUAUAUCAACAUAAACACCAAUUAAUCUAUGUAGUGCGUGUAAUUGUAUGUGUCAAUACUGCGCUUGUAUAUCCUACUGUAUGUACAAUACACUAUGUAAUAUAGGUGUUAUAGUACAGAUAUAUUUAAAAUAUGUUCGGAGACGAGAUUCGGAUAUUUAAUAUGUGGAUUAUCAGCGAUUAUACGUAUAAGUAUAGAAAUAUUUUCGAUAGUUAAGAAUGUUCAGAAAAUAUAAUAGUAAAUGGCCCUCAAGAAUAUCUUCAGGGGAGAUCUGCAUCGACAAACGAUUGUCUCAUAUUGUAACGUCGUAUAUAUGUGUCUUAUUAUGGGGCCAUUCAUCUCCGAGUGUUUUCUUUGUAAAUUAUACAAGUUCGGUUUUAUUUAUUGUGUGUUCCAGCAACUAAUUAACUGUGUAAUUAGAAAGCAAUUUCAAAUAACUGACUUUUGAAUACGCAUCAAAUUUGUACUCCUUCGAAUUCACAUACCUUGGUAUUUAGAACUCAUAAUAUUCGAUAACUUUAGUCUGAAGACUUGUCGAUGUUUUUUAAUGUUUUGUAGAUUGAUUAUCUAACUUAUCUAUAAAUAUAAUAUUAAUUGUAUUUAUAAUCUGUCCUAUUCUCGUCUUCCGGUGACUCGAUAUGUAUAGUACUGGAUAACGAAUGCCUGGUGUUGUGACGUCACAAUUGAUAUGUCGAGAAAAGUAUUUGCUUAUUAAGAGAUGGAUUAGUGAUGUGCUGAGUCUGUUAUUGUACUUUAAGGUGUAAGAAUUAUUUACAAUUAUUAACACCAAACAUCUUUGAUGUCGUUAAAAUAAUGUCGACUAUUAAAGUCAACGUAUGUAAAUUACAUUCAACUCAAUUUGAAAAAAUGUUAUGGGACGAUUAAAUAUAAUAAAAAGUAGCAGGUUAAUUGAGACUUGAUACAGAUAAUAAUUUUUUUAAGUGGAAGAUGCAGUUUAUCGACUCAGUACGUCACUAUCGUGGCUAGUGCUGUGAAACUAAACGAUGCCAGUGUUGUGUAUGUGCGCGUUGGCUGUGUUCUUUCGUCACUAACUUAUUUAACUCACUAUAUUCAUAUACUCUUGUAUCACAUGAAGCUUUCGAUGUUCAUUAUAUAAUAAACUAUAUAUUUAUAUGAUAUUCAGUGUUAGGCAUCACACACAUUUUUGAGAUUAUAAGAAAAGAUAACGCAGUAGAAAUGUUAUAAAAUGGAAAUUGUGUGUAAAUUAUUUUGGUCAUAUCAGCGUAUACAAAGUAUAAACAUCUUUUUACGCUGUUUAAUCUAGUCAAUUUAUCGCAUUAGAAUGAAGUUUGUAUAGAGUAAACGAUAAAUUAUUUAAAGAGGAAAAUAUAUAUUAACGCGAACAAUGAACCCUAUAAUAACAUAUUGCGAUCAUUAGCAUUUUCUGCGGACUGCGGAUAUCGCCCAACUACUUAAACACAUGAAAUCUGUUUUAUCUAUUCCAUACCUCAUAAAUGUGUGCGGAGCUUUGGUGCCAAAAAUAAAAUCGCAGACUGUAUUUUUUAAUUUAUUUUACAAAAGUUUGUACAUAAAUGUGAUUCGUUCUUUGUGAACUGAGAUUUAUCUUCAGUUCCUGUUUAUUUUUGUAUUUGUAUAUAAAUUCGAACACUACAACUUAAUUCUUUAUCGAUGAUUUCCAAUGACGUCCAUUUUGUAGUGUAGUUUUUCAUUUCGCUAAAACGAUUCAUGCGACAUCUAAAUAGCAUGUGAUUGUCCUCAUUGAAGAUUUUCGUGAUUAUCGUUUUAGCGGAAUCUUAUACAAUAAAUUGUUUAAAUUUAGCAUUUCAAGGAAAACUAGUAUUAUAUCAAUAAAGAAUCGUUUUAUCUUUAUUUAUUUCCGUCGGCUUAGAAACAUCUAAGAUUACAACGGUAUCAAAAUCUGUUAUAAAAAAUAAAAUUUUCCUUAUGUCAAUGAAAAGUAUUAGAAAAACUAUAGUAAAAUAUCUCCUUAUUUUUCAUGCUAAAUCUAUAGUAAUAUUGUGAAAAGUAAAGUUUGUUUUUUUGUAGGGAUAAUCUCGGGAACUACUGAACCGAUUUGAAAAUUCUUUCACUAAUAGGAAGCUAGUCCUGAGUGCUAUAGGCUACUAUUAUCGGCAAGAAAAUUUUUAUCCCAAAAAAACUUUUACACACAACUUGCUGUUUUAGUAUACAAUACCUUGCGAUGCUGAAUCUAAACAAUUAAUCUUCUAGAUUUCUCGUCACUUGUUGAAAACUCGCAAUGUACGGCAGUGUGUAGGUAGCUGUGAAUGUUAGUUAUAUGUUACCAACACUCGGUCAUGUGGUAAUGCAAUACUUGCUUAUUAGAACUACUGUUGUUAGAGAUCAUGAAAUAAUGUAAAAGAUAAAAUCGAUACAUAAAAAAUAAUGUUAUCGAUUUAAAUUACAGGUAUUGUAUUACCAUAUCGUUUUAAGUGUCGAUAUCUUCUUAUAUGUUAGGGUUAAUAACUUGUGCCUGUAUUUUAUUAAGGUGCAUUAAUAUAUUGCUUGGAAUUUCGCACACGUAACGCAACACGAUGGAAAUAUCGAUAAUGCGAUCGCGCUGUGUCUCGUCCUUUUUAUCGUUACUGCUCUAUUUUAUAUUUCAAUGUACAAGUCGCUCAUGUACCGCGAGAUUCGAAUAACAAAUCAAUCUUUACAUACCGUAUUAUAAUUUAUAGUUUAUUACUUAUAUGCGGUUUUGUGUUGAUGUUGAAGAUCUCAAAACUAAAAUUUAUUAUUUUUUAUUAACUUACUAUCUGCACUGUUGAAGUCGUGGUAUAUGAGGGACAUAGUCACAUACUGUGUGUAACACAAGAGAGAUAUCACAUUUUUGUCUAAUAUUCUAAACUGUGUUAAUUUAGCUAUAUGUUACUAAAUAUUUUUAUUUUCAUCAUCGACAUUUACUGAAAAUAUCUGAACACGUGAAAAGCAAUGAUAAACACCCCUCUCUUUUCGUCGGGGGUAAAAGUGCCGAUUAUUUAUUUUUAGCGUUCGUAGUAUUGGUUAGAUGAUAAUACAAAUUCGACGAAGUGUUUUACGGUAUAUUCAGUAGAUUGUCUUUGAUAACCGUGCUAUGACUUCGUACAUUCGAACCAUGUAUCAUAUUGUUGUUGCUAUUUGUUUAGUUACGGAGGAAUUGUUAAAAUUAAAUUCAAUAUUCUAUAA